AUGAGACUGGGGUAUCCAAAAUUGGCUCGAGGCUUUGCCUCUCAUGCCCAAGUACCUUUGAGUCGACUCGAACGACAAACAAUCAACUUGAGCAGUUUUCCCUCCAAGGUGAAAUCACUGAGGGAUCGACUAAAGCGACCUUUGACGUACUCGGAAAAAGUACUGUAUAGCCAUCUCGAUGAUCAAUUCGAUGAACGUAUCGAGCGGGGCACAUCGGAGCUCAAAUUGCGCCCGUUGCGUAUUGCCUGCCAGGAUGCAACAGCUCAAAUGGCUCUCAUUCAAUUCCUGUCCGCUGGCAUGGAAUCAACAGCAGUACCAACGACAGUCCAUUGUGAUCAUCUGAUUGUAAGUCGAGAUGGUGAGCCCCAAGACCUACCCAGAGCUCUGGAGGCACAUAAGGAAGUUUAUGAGUUCAUGGAGAGUGCCUGCCAAAAGUUCAACAUGGGCUUUUGGAAGCCCGGGGCGGGAAUUAUUCACCAGAUUGUGCUCGAAAACUAUGCUUUCCCCAGCGGAAUGAUGAUUGGCACAGAUUCUCAUACGCCGAAUGCCGGUGGACUGGGGAUGAUCGCCGUGGGUGUUGGAGGUGCUGAUGCUGUUGAUGUUAUGGCGGGUCUGCCUCUGGAGCUGAAAGCACCGAGGGUGCUGGGUGUCCGUCUAACCGGCAAACUCUCUCGAUGGGCUUCGCCAAAGGACAUCAUUAGCGCUGUAGCCGGGAUGAUUUCAGUGAAAGGAGGCACUGGCUCAAUUAUUGAGUACUUUGGGCCUGGUGCAAAGACCCUUUCGGCGACUGGUAUGGCUACUGUUUGCAACAUGGGCGCAGAAACGGGAGCCACGACGUCAAUCUUUCCUUACGCCCCUCAGAUGGCGGACUAUCUCCGAUCCAAUAGCCGUGGUGAUAUGGCUAGCGCUAUUGAGAGCAUUGCACCAGAGCUACAGGCUGAUUCUGGCGCCGAGUACGAUCAAGUGAUUGAGCUCGACCUAUCGACUCUAGAGCCCCGUAUCAAUGGGCCCUUCACUCCGGACUUUUCUACACCGUUAUCCCAAUUUGGCGAAGCUGUUGAAGAGAACAAAUGGCCGGAGAAAUUGACGGCUGGUUUGAUCGGCUCGUGCACAAAUUCUUCUUUUGAAGAUAUGGGCCGUGCGGCUAGCCUUGCGCGACAAGCGAUGGAUGCUGGACUUAGGCCGAAGAUGCCUCUUCUGGUAUCACCUGGAAGUCUUCAAACACGCAAGACACUGGAUGAGGCCGGUAUUCUACCGGUGUUUGAAGAGCUGGGAGCUAUUAUGCUUCCUAACGCUUGCGGUCCAUGCUGUGGAUCUUGGGACCGCGUCGAUAUGCCAAAAGGGACUCCGAACUCUAUCAUAACUUCAUACAAUCGCAACUUCUCCGGCCGCUUGGACUCCAAUCCAGCCACCAAUAUUUUCUUGACUUCGCCUGAGGUCGUCAUGGCCAAGGUUUUCUCUGAAGAUCUAGCCUUUGAUCCCAGCGUCGACGCAUUGUCCACCCCUUCUGGAGAGAAGUUCCGGUUCCAACCCCCAACUGGAGACACUCUCCCAGAGAAUGGAUAUGAAGACUCUGAUGUGGCAUACCAAGCACCACCCACUGACCGACGCAACGUGGAGGUCAAAAUCAGCCCCUCGUCGGAGCGUUUGCAGAGAUUAGCUCCGUUCGAGCCUUGGUCUGGUGAUGAUUUCAACGACUGUCUCAUCUUGAUAAAGACCAAAGGGAAAUGCACGACUGACCACAUUACUCCUGCUGGACCUUGGUUCCGCUACCGGGGACAUCUUGAGAACAUAUCCAACAACACGCUGAUUGGCGCAGUCAAUGCUGAGAAUGACAAGGUCAACACCGUGCGCAACCACAUCACCCAGAAAGAUGGCGAUGUUCCUGGUACUGCACGAGAUUAUAAGGCGCAUGGCCAACCGUGGGUUGUUAUUGCUGAUCACAACUACGGCGAGGGCUCGUCGCGAGAACACGCAGCUUUGCAACCCAGAUACCUUGGUGGAAAAGCAAUCAUCGCCAAGUCAUUUGCUCGAAUUCACGAGUCCAACUUGAAGAAGCAAGGCAUGCUCGCUUUAACCUUUGCGAAUGAGGCGGAUUAUGACCGCAUCCGUUCCUCAGAUCGUGUUAGCAUUCUGGGGCUAGCUGGACUGGCACCGGGGAAGCCAUUGGCGCUGUCGGUCAAUGGAGAGUGGGAAGCUACGCUCAAUCAUACCUUCACGCUAGAACAGAUUGAGUACUUCAAGGCAGGGAGUGCAUUGAACAUGAUGGCGAAGCAGUAG